CAGAUGUUGGUUGUAACAUGGCUGCAUGUUGUUGGAAACCAGGAGUGAGUUUGUCUACUUGAGUUUGAAGUACACAAUCACUCUAGCAGCAGUUUGACUUCAUUGUCAAUGAUUCUCAUGAGUUUUAUAAUGCCUAUUGAUUGAAAACAAGAGGAUGGAAGCAUGUUGCUAUGGUAAUCAGUAGUCUGUUUCCAUGGCAAUAGAGGAAGUUCCCUGGGAACUUGUGGUGUGAUAAUAUAUAGGAGAGUUCAUCGUCAAGUCCUGUGUCAUUACAUCUCCUGUGUGUGUGUUAACUUUCUUUUAUCUGGAUUACAACCUAACCUGGACAAUGUUUAGAAGCUACUACAACUGGGGUGAGAGGUGGUAUGUAUGUACACCAAUCAUGGACAAUUUAACUGCCGUCACUGCCGGGGGAUCCAGUCUGUUUGACCUCACAGGAAAGAGGCUUGCUAAUGCAGGAUCUAGCAUCACCUCAUUUGCCUGUGAACCAAACCAGGAUGACUCCAGACCUCCUCGAAGGGUGUGCUAUGAGAACACAUACCAGCUGGAGCCUCCCUCCAAGUUCCGACCUGACCAGGUCAAGCCUAUCAUAGAGACGGUGCUCAACACUAACCUAACAGGUAAAAAGUAUGAUCCUAUUGAGUGCUCGCUGCUGUGCAAAUUUCUCUCUGAUGACAUCAAGGCAAAGGUGAAAGAACUUAAUUUCAAACGGUAUAAGAUCAUUGCUCAGGUGACAAUCGGGGAGAAGAAGGACCAAGGAGUUCGAGUGGGCAGCCGCUUCCUGUGGGACUCUGACAGGGACAACUUUGCCUCGGCUGAAUUUGAGAACCGCAGCCUCUACGCAGUUGGUAUGGUCUACGGGGUCUACUUUGAGUGACCACACUGUGUUGACCACCUCCGUCCUUACAUGGGGCUAAGCAAAAAUGCCCUGACACUUGUGAUAUAUAAAUAUACAGUUAUCCAAACUGUGAUGACAUUUGUUUGAUCAGCUUUGAAAAUACCAGUGAGUUAUUAUGCAAGAUUACCGGUAUAUGGUUAUUGGGUUAUUAGCAAGUCCCAGCUUACUUAAGAUGAUUCUUUAUCUCAAGACUUCAGUGAAAUGACAGGCCACCUUCCAUCAAUGCAUAGCAUUUAUGCAUAUAAUCUAUUGAUGAGGAUAACUUAUUUUUCAGAUAAUGACAAAACGAUUUCAAAACUGAAGUAAAAAAAUGUAUGCGUCAUGUGAAAUAUUAGUCUGCUUUUGAUAAACUAGUAUUUGCAUCUACCAAUUUGUACUAGUUUAAAAAUUUCAAAAAUAGAUAGGCUUUGAUGUAACAGUGAAUUUAGAUCAAAACAGAGACUAUAUAAAAUUGUUUGAUAAUAAUUAAGCUACACAUUGAUUAGCUAAUGUCCAUCAUUACAUACUGCCAAGCCUCUCCAAGGCAGGACAGUCACACUGGUCCAUUCUUCAUUAGGAGCCAAGAUGAUUGUCCCAUGUUGAGGUGCGACUUCCGACACUGCUGACCAGUAAGGUCUUACAGUACUAAACACAUCAAUACUCUGAUGUUAGCUUAGCUCAAGUGGAGGUCUAAAAGGAGAGCUAUUCUCGCAGGUUGAAUUGGAUAUGACUGAACCCUGGAGAACACGGUCAUUAAGUAAAUACAUGCUGAAGUGUGCUCUUGCUAGUCGUCAUGGAAAUGUGGUUGUUUUAUGAAGUCAUUAUAUUGUACAUGUUGAAAAUUGUUUAUGAUGGUCAUGAAAGUGCCCUAGUUGUGUUUGUGAUUGUUUUAUAUUCAGUGACAACUUCUGCAAUAAAUGUUGUUUUUAUUCUGCAAAA